GAGGGCUCCACGCUGGAUGCCGUUUCGUCUCCUCCUCCUCUCCCUCCUCUUCUUCCACGGCAGUAACCUGUCUCUCUGCCCGUCUCUGUCUCCGUUCGGUGUACCGCUCAGCAGCGUUGUUGAUAAAUGGCCAACGAGGAGCGCAGCCAGAGAUUCUUCCCACCGCUGGCUGUACCACAUUGAGUGACACCGCCAAUUCGGUUGCCACCACCCUCUGGUGGCGUUGACAAAACAAGGUAAGCUUGGAGAGAGGGCUCGCUUGACCACCCCCCCUCCAGCCACCACGACCACCUGCCCCGCAAGCAUUGCGACUGAGCGAGGAGAGCAAACGGCACGGGUCGGAGUUCCUUCUCGCGUGGCAACGCAGCGGCGAGGAAGACAAUGUCCCUGGUAACGCCGUCGAGCAACGAUGCUUGCCUGAGCAUCGUGCACAGCCUCCUGUGCCAUCGUCAGGGUGGCGAGAGCGAGACCUUCGCUAAGCGCGCCAUCGAAAGCCUCGUGCGCAAGCUCAAGGAGAAGAAGGACGAGUUGGACUCGCUCAUCACCGCCGUCACCACGAACGGAGCGCAUCCCAGCAAGUGCGUCACCAUCCAGAGGACCCUGGAUGGGAGGCUACAGGUUGCAGGUCGAAAAGGCUUCCCCCAUGUGGUCUAUGCACGCAUCUGGCGGUGGCCCGAUCUACACAAGAAUGAGCUGAAACAUGUCAAGUUCUGUCAGUACGCCUUUGACCUAAAGGCUGACAGUGUAUGUGUUAACCCUUACCACUAUGAGAGGGUCGUUUCUCCUUGCAUUGAUUUAGCUGGAUUGACUUUACAAAGCACAGGUCCUUCGAGUCUGCUGGUGAAAGAUGAGCCCAUCCUCGACUGCUUGUCGGCAGACAGCCCCUCGGGCCGGCUCGCCUCCGAGGGGGGCCACGGCAGCUUGCAGCUCAUUUCACACCAGGCUCAAGCUCCUCCAUCUGUUGCUCGGACACAGCUGGAUGUGUUCACCGGGUCUACCAUUCUGCCCCCUGCCACAACGCAGUCAAUCUCAAGCCAGGGCGACACCUCCAUCCCAACUACCUCCGCUGGUUUCAUCCCCGCUGGGCAGAGCAGCUCUUUGCUGGCAGUGGGCCUCGGCGAUCGAAUGGUCGCCGUGUCUGGUGGACAGCAACCGGUCACGCCGCAGAAUGGCUUCUCGAGCCAGCCUCAGCCUUUUCACAAUGGAGCUGCACCCACAUGGACGGGCAGCAGUACGGCCACCUACACGGCGAACAUGGUCCACCACCAGAAUGGUCCUCCCGUUCCUCACCACCCGCCCUUGCAUCAUCCCAAUCAUUACUGGCCUCCACACCACAAUGAGCUCUCUUUCCAGCCUCCCCUUUCCACCCAUCCAGGUCCAGAGUUCUGGUGCUCCAUUGCAUACUUUGAGAUGGACGUCCAGGUGGGCGAGACAUUCAAAGUGCCCUCCAGCUGCCCCAUUGUAACGGUGGACGGCUACGUGGACCCUUCGGGCGGGGACCGCUUUUGUCUCGGCCAGCUCUCCAAUGUUCAUCGGACUGAUGCCAGCGAAAAGGCGAGGCUUCACAUCGGUAAGGGCGUCCAGCUGGAGUGCCGGGGAGAGGGGGACGUGUGGGUCCGCUGUCUCAGCGACCACGCUGUUUUCGUGCAGAGUUACUACUUGGAUCGGGAAGCAGGCCGGGCACCCGGAGAUGCUGUGCACAAGAUCUAUCCCGGCGCAUAUAUAAAGGUGUUUGACCUCAGACAGUGCCAUCGGCAGAUGCAGCAGCAAGCUGCUACCGCACAGGCAGCUGCUGCCGCACAGGCAGCUGCCGUGGCUGGAAACAUCCCCGGUCCUGGCUCUGUCGGAGGCAUUGCUCCAGCCAUCAGUUUGUCGGCAGCAGCGGGCAUCGGCGUGGACGACCUACGGCGGCUCUGCAUUCUGCGCAUGAGCUUCGUGAAGGGCUGGGGUCCCGACUACCCACGGCACAGCAUCAAGGAGACGCCCUGUUGGAUCGAGAUUCACUUGCACCGGGCCCUACAGCUUCUGGAUGAGGUUCUGCACACCAUGCCCAUGGCCGAUCCUCGGCCGCUCGACUGAGGACCGUUUCUCCCCAGCUACGCGUCCAAGGGAUUGCACCGCGUUGAUUUGCGUGUGUGUGUGUGUGUGUGUUUGUGUUGAAGCAGCAUUAUUUUGUCUUCGUUGGAAGAGGGAAACUUUGAUCGUUACCAACGUGUCGAUGGCCUUGCCUUGCAGAUGCCCUGGGCUCAUUUCCUCUUUUGUGUGUUCACUUGAGGAUGAUUUCAAGUUGGUAUUCUAGUCAUGAGUGAAAUGCAAUGUGUCUAGAUCUCUGGGGACUUUUAGUAUGUCCUAACUUGCAGUCCUAAUCGACGAAAACUCAAAUUGGCAAAUUCAAGUCAACAUGUUGCUUGACUGGAGUAUCCCAAGCCUCGUUAUCUGGCUUUCAGAUUUUCAAGUGCGAUAACACGAUGAAGUUGCAACAAAUGAGAAUGGGUCUUUGUGUAAUUGCAUUGUUCGUGGGGCAUGCAUCAUGCACGUUUCAUAGCUUAAAAUGCGUCUUAAAUCCAUUUAAAAGUCAUAAAAAUGUAUAACUACAUACAACUUAAAUGGAUUUAUGAAAUGUUACAUACGAUUAGAAUAAUGCAAUGAGAUGCAAAACAUUGCAAUGAUUAAUGCAAACAUUUGCACCAUCCAUGUCAAGAAAAUCAAUAUAUAUGUUAUUUUUUUAUAUUUAUGUUUAAGCUAGUGUAGUCUUGGGCAUUUAAUCAUAGCUUAGUCUUGACCUAUGAAUUUUUCAUUAUGUUGGCAGUAUCUGUGUACAGCGUAAUGUAUUGUAGCAUCUGUAGUGACGUGUACAUAAAGGUAAGGUAUGUUUACAAAUAAAGCCAUCUUUAGAGCCUUUAAAUUGUUUAUUGUGACCAUGUGGUUGCAGGUGAUGUUCUGCCUACUGUUAAAUGCUCUAUAUUCUUGUCUUGUAGAAUUAUACAAAGUAAUGUUUGGAUAUUGCAUAUACAUUUUAAUUGUUUUAUUUUGCUGUCUUAUUUAGAUUUGCUCAGAUUGUUUUGCUGUUUUAUUAUUCCUCGUGUACUCUUUGGUUCUUUCGGUGAAGUCACGGAGGUAUAAAAUGAAAUAAAUCCCGACGUUUCGAUCGCAACACAAGCGUCCGUCAUCAGGUGGAACAGAUACAGCAGGAGGACUGCUGACAUAGGAGAAAGAGCUGCUGCAACAAGAGUUUAUAUAGGACAUGCUAAUCUCUCACAUUGACAUGCUAAUCUCUCACAUUUCAUUUAUGUACAAAUUCCUUCUCUAGCUCCGCCCACUUACCCUUGGGUUGAGCCCACCACAAUCCGAUAUAAACUCUUGUUACAGCAGCUCUUUCUCCUAUGUCAGCAGUUCUGCUGCUGUAUCUGUUCCACCUAAUGAUGGUCGCUUGUGUUGCGAUCGAAACGUCGUGAUUGAUUUUAUUUUCUACCUACGUGACUUUACCGAAAGAACCAAAGAGUGGAUUCGUGCAGUCACGAAAGCUUCAAAUCAAGAUAUUUCUCGUGUAUUUAGCAUAAAAAUUGCAUACACUUGUAAACAUCAAGAAUUGUUGAAGGCAACCCUUAUCCAUACAGUGCAUGAUUUCUUGCAUGGGUGGCAGACCUUUGUCGUAAACACUUUAAUGUAAGAAGUUCACAUACAGGAGGUGUGAUAGCUGCUCAAUGAGAACGACGUAAAAUUGUCCGUUAUAAAAAUUAUUGGUUGUAGUACACAGGCCAUCCUUGUUGAUAUUUCAUACAUUAUUUAAUACACAACAGUGUAAUUUUUUAUCACUUUUACUUUUUAAAAACACUUUAAGAACUUGUUAAUUUAAGAAACAACACCAUAUUUCUGCACAUACUAUAACUUUUACAAUAUUCGUUGUGGUUGUGGGGCAUUCCAGGAGAUUAGUAUUGUCAUACAAAAAGAAUAUCACAGACCUGACCGUGGGCUUAUUUUGAAGCCCCGUUAUAUGCUACUCAUAACGCUGAACACUAAAGUUGGCACGUAUCAUUUUGGAAAGUGAACUAGAUGGUUUGUAUUUCCAUACUUUCAUGGUCCAGUUUGAUGCAUGUCCUCUAUGUACAGCAUUUGCAUGCAUUUACACACAUACAGACUUGGGAAGACUUUAACUUAAAAGUUUGAGAUGGGUAUGGAUCGUAGUCUUUGACUUUACCUGGUUCACAUCUCCAACUUUACCAGACUCAUGGCCACAGUAGUAAAUUUAAUCAGAACAUUUGCUGUGCCAAGGCUGCGUUAAAAUGGUCUUCAUUCGCCUGUUAUAAGUGACACCAAUGUUUUAAUAUGAAUAAGAACAGAUGUUAACCUUCCCAAUUGUUCAUGUGAAACUUUAUUAGGUGGUAAUGGGUUUCUGGGGGUUGGGGCGUAUCACGAAAGUGCCUUUUUAUGGAAUUUUUUUUUCCAGAAGGGAUUAUAUUUGGGAGGUGCAGGGGAAUCUGCUUAUAAGAUGCUGCUAUCCAAUCCUACACACUAUCCAGUUGAGGCCGAACCAUAUUUAUUACUCACACUUCUUACAUCACAGCAUUCAUUGUAAAUUCAUACGUGGGGGGGGGGGGGGGGCCUUGGAUGUAGAGAGACCUUUGCUAUUUUCUGGGGUUCUCUUUGUACUGGAAAUUACACUUAGAUGUCGAAUUGCUACAAGCCAGCCUUGCAGAUUGAUUGCCAAUUGAGUUAGCAGUAUCCUGCUAUUUUUUAAUGUUGCUUUUUUCAUUUCAUUCUUUAGCUAUCAAUGUGAAUACGUAUACUCUGCCUUGAAGUGGUUGUCCUCAAGCCAUUUAAAGUUGUUUUUUAAUAGAAAUGAAACAUGAUGCAUAUGUAGCCAAGGGUAAAGGUUUAGUUGGAAAUCACUGAAAAUGUUUAUGCUACUUUGAAUUCAAUUAUAAUAGCUGUAAUUGCAAUUGUCCUUGUGUUAAAAUAAAUGUAAUUUUGGUAUUUUUGAUAUAUAAAAAGGUUAUUUGAUUAUAGGUGUAGGAUGCCAUUAAUUCGGAAUAAAAAUGCAUCAUUUGAGUUUCUCAAUUUUUUACAUAUCUGCAAGUCAUAAUUGAAGUGUCCAUUCAACCUUUCUAAGUAGAGACUUCAACACGUGGUUAAGUAAACAGUAAUUAUAUUAUUCGCCAUUUGAAAGAGUAUUUGUUAAGAUAUGGAAUGUUAAGCAUUUUUCACAUUGCUAGAGUGGGACAUUGAUAUACCCCUGGACUUGUAUUGUUGAUAUUUAAACAGAGUUUAGGGUUUAGUUUUAUUAUUAAUACUUUAUCAAUGUUUAUGACUAAAAAGAUCAGUGUUGUAUUUUAGCACACUUAAGUAUUACUUCAUAAUGUAUCUUUCAAAGCAUUUGAGAUGCUAUGCAAUUUGAAUGAAAACAAAUUGACAGGUUCUUAUUAUCUUAGAAUAAGCCAAACAACUUAGUUAUUAACCUGUUUAUGUCUGUGCUUAAUCUUAUGCCAUAUGAUAUUUCACAAUGGUUAGUGCAUUUGUGCAGUGUUUCAAUGGUUUGCUAUUCCCUGUACAUUGUGAUAAAUGUGAUUAUAUUGAAGGUAUUAAAAAAAAUCUACAUUUUCACAUUUGCAUGUACAUUUGACCCAUUUUCAGUACCAUGGUAUGCUUGUUUAGUUUCAGUCACUGUAUCUUAACUAUACUUAAUUCAUUUCCAAACUGCCCCAAUCUUUGUCAUGCAAGCUUUGAGCAGUGAUGAUAAUUGCUUUUUCGGGUCCUGGGUAGUAGAAGUCCCACUGCAGUUUCUCUUCAGCACAACCGCUGUUGAUUUCCAACCAGUUUGUACUGACUAGAGGGACACUCUGCUUAAGUUAACUUCCAGCUGGCAUUUCAACUUGUGGGUUUGUGACCAUCUCCUCUACCAAUUGAGAUCUAUUGCGGCAAGUAAAACAAUUAUGGUCGUACAUGUACAGCCCUUUUGUCAACCCCACGACUGGACGAGGUUCUUCAGACGCUGUGCAAAUCAUCGUGGUUAUUUGACCAUACUUCACCUUGGUCUGUGCGGGCUGGUGAAAGGGGGCAGCAUAGAUAGUAAAGCAUAUCACAGUAAAGCAAUGGUCUUACCGCACUGCCCUCUGCUGACAGUUUUGUUCUAAGUCAGUGUUGUGCAUGAUCCACUCAUACACGCACUGUCCAGGUUCCAAUCAGCUUUUCUUCUGAGAUCGUAUAAGAUCCGGCCUAACUUUGGGUGAUUCGGCCAUAGGCUGUGAAUCAUUUGGGUUAAUUUAUGAUAACGAUUAUGGUUAUUUGAUUCGUUCAUUUAUACCAUUAUGGCUUAGUUUAAGCUUUCAACCAUAUUAAACAGAUUUAUAAUCUCUUGAAUGUAGAUUUGCAUGAUUGAGACGAGCAUGGAUAUUUCUUUCAUUGAUUAACCAUUCUGACGCUGCAAAGCUGCAACAUUGCAAUGGGCUGGUUUACUGUCUCCGAACGGCUAAACAACCUUUUUCAAACCCACGUUGAAAGAAUAUUUGUGCAAGUUAUGAAGAUAUUUCGUUCUCCAUUUUGCAACUCAACUUUGCAGAUGAAUUAUGAGUAAAUAUGAUGCUUGGAGUAUGCAAUGGCAUGUAACGUUUUUUUUUAUGUAGGAGUGAGGUUGAAUUUUUAAGUUAAAUAAAAAUGUCUGUGAGGUUGCCUUUUCAUUUUGUACAUUUUUUAAUGUCGGCAAUGUCUGAAAUAUGCAUUUACUGCCUAUCAAUGUUUGCCACAAUAUUGCAUUGCACCUUCAGGCUUUUUUUGGGACUUUAAAGUGACCUUGUAAGUCAAACUUUUGCUUUUCACUCUACAAAACAUUAAUGUAAAGUUUUAUUUUUUAAAUCUAUUAUAGUUAUUCUGCUAACACUCCAUUUGUCAAUUAAAAAUAAUUACAGUGUAUCAGGAUUCACAUAACCAGAGUCCUCACCACAGGCGAAUCAAUCUGUGCAACUAUUACCGGGCUAAUUAGGCAUUUAGAAUUGAAACUUUCCCUUUUUUAUAUAUUUUUGAGGUAGCAGUGUGUAGUGGCUGCAACUACAAUUUAUCACCAACCAUAAGACCAUUUUCAAUGAUGUUUCAUGUAUCGGUUGUAAAAUAACUGAUUGUUUUCUGGGAUUUUUGGUUUGUCACGCAUAUAUACCUUUCAAGCAAUGCACACAAGGUGGUACACGAUUAGUCGUCUUGUAAAGGUUGACAUCUUUCGAUUUAGAAUUGUAAUCUUGUGACUUUUUAUCUAACUUUGCAUCCCAAUAAAUUUAUUUUGGGAAGACUGGAAGUGGAAGGCCUCCAAAAAUGUUGGCCAUAAUUAGUCGGCACAAUGCUAUUAAAUGUAUAAUCUGUCUACUAAGUACGUUUUAGAAUAUUUUCAAGAGCAAAUACACCACCCAAGGUGUUUGAAUACAGUAUCUCCUAUGCCCAUUUAAACUGUCAAAUAGCUUGUUUGUGUAUAAGCUUGUGCCACCUGGCAUGUAAAAUGUAUUGUAUACAUGAACACGUCUUUUAAUCAUAUAUAUGCACAAACAUUACUAAUGGAUGGGUACAUAAUGUUGAUUGCAAUUCUGAAAUGUCAACAGCCUCUUUUUUUGGAAUCAUGGAUUUUGGCAUUUGUGCAUUUUAGCUAAUUGAUGCAUCAUCCAUUCCAUCCUAUUUCACUAAAAAAUCUUAUUCAACAAUUACCAAACCUCAGAGUUGCCUUCGCUUUCAUUCACGAGUUACCUUCAGUUUUUAAAACUAAUUCAAGUGUGCAAUCUAAACUUCAAAGCCCUGAGAUAGAUUAUAAACUUGGCCAUGGAUGAUUGCAUUUUGGCAUUCGUAAUCACGAUAUUAACCUUUUAACUUUUUACAGAUUGUGUACUGCAUGGAGAAGUAUUAUGUAUAACAUGAUAUUUUUGUUCUGUACAGUUGUGUAAAUGUAUGCUGAAUUUUUUGUGCUCUGGAUUUUAAACUGUAGGUAAAUUUAGCAAAUAAUUUAACAGAUAACUCUGCACUGUUUUGCUUUUGUAUUGCUUUUGUAUAUAUGUUUCUAGUUUUAUCUGAAAAAAGUUUUGCAAAUAAAACGUAAUUGUUGUAAGCUUCACAUUCUAGAUUUACAGUCGUUAAGUAUUGGACAUUUUGUUAAAAAGUGCUAUAGUGACUUGUUUCUUGACCUGGAAUGCGUAUUCAGUGAGCAGUUUUGUUUUGUUGCCUAUCAAGUUAUGGAAUUUGAAGUGUAUUCUCUUUAACCUGGUCUUUAUAUUGUAUCUGCUUUUAAAUUCUCAAUAAAAGUAAAGAAAAAU